AUGGUUCCAAAUGAAGCCCUUCAACUUUGGGGGAUAGUCCAGUUACUUCUGUAUUUCAGGUGGAAAUGGGUUGGCCUCGUCAGUAUUGAUGACAAAAGUGGAGACCAUUUCUUGGAGGUUUUCCAGUCAAUGCUUUCCCAGCAGGGAAUAUGUUCAGCCUUCACAAAAAGAGUUCCAAAAGAUCAUCCAAUGUGCAACAUCCAUGACAUUUUGGAAAAUCUUCCCAGUGAUAUUGCAAUGUUCCAAAACAGCAGAGCCAAUGCAGUGGUUGUAUAUGGAGAAAGCGUAACCUUGUUGUGGCUGGCAGAUCUUUUAUGGUGGAAUGACGUUGGGAUGCCCAUACUUGCUUCAGAACCUAAGUUCAAAAAUUCUUCAGGAAAGGUGUGGAUUAUGACAGCCCAAAUUGAUUUCAUAUUUAAUGCUUUUCAGACACAUUUCAGUAUACCAAUCUUCUACGGCACCCUUUCCUUCUCAAUCCACUCAAAGAGAAUUUUAGCUUUCGAAGAAUUUCUUCAGAAAGUAAAGCCUUCUUCAGCAAAUGAAGACAGUUUCAUCAACAAUUUUUGGGAAAAUGCUUUCAAUUGUUUAAUUUCAAACUCAGCCACAACAGGCCUAUGUACUGGAGAAGAGAAGCUGCAGAAUCUUCCUACGCCUUCCUUUGAAAUGAGCAUGACUGGCCACAGCUACAGCAUUUACAAUGCAGUCUAUGCCAUGGCACAUGCCUUAGAUAUGAUGUACUCAUCCAACCACAAUGCUAUGGCAGUGCCAAUGCCUCUAGACAUUGAACCCUGGCAGCUCCAUUCAUUUCUUCAAAAACUCUCUUUCAACAACAGUGUUGGAGAUAAAGUUACUUUGAAUGAACAUGGAGAAGUUAUAGAUGGAUUUGAUCUUAUCAACUUGAUCACUUUUCCAAAUAACUCCUACACCAGAGUGAAAGUGGGAAGACUGAACCCUAAGACACUUUUAGAGAAAGAAUUAAUGGUGACUGAGGAAAGAAUCCAGUGGCAUGGAGAUUUCACUCGGGUACCGCCUACUUCUCUGUGCAAUGAUCCCUGCCAGCCUGGUUUUCAGAAGAUCAAGAAGGAGGCUGAGCCCUUCUGCUGCUAUGAUUGUCUUCCAUGUGAAGAAGGGAAGAUUUCCUCUCUGAUGGAUAUGGAUAAUUGUAUCAAAUGCCCAGAAGAUCACUAUCCAAAUGAUGAAGGAAAUGGAUGCACUCCUAAAGUUAUACAUUUUCUCUCCUAUAAAGAACCUUUGGGGAUCACGUUGGCUUCAUUUGCUAUCACCCUUUCACUGACUGCAUCUUUUGUGCUAGGAGUUUUUAUGAAGCACCAGCAUACACCCAUCGUCAAAGCCAACAACCAGAAUCUCAGCUACAGUCUGCUUAUCUCCCUCAUCCUCUCCUUCCUUUGUGCAUUCUUCUUCUUUGACCGGCCCAUACAAAUAACUUGUCUUCUUCGACAGACAUCCUUUGGCAUCAUCUUCUCAGUGGCAAUUUCGUGUAUAUUAGCAAAAACCAUCACGGUGAUCCUGGCUUUCUUGGCCAUCCAGCCCCAUUCCAAGAUGAGUAAGUGGGUGGGGAGAAGACUGACAAUUUUUAUUGUUUUUUCCUGUUCCCUUGUUCAAGCAGGUAUUUUGGCCACCUGGCUGGGAUCCUCACCACCAUUCCCAGAUGUUGACAUGCACACAUUGGACAGAGAGAUAGUCCUGGAGUGUAAUGAAGGUUCAACUAAAAUGUUUUAUUGUGUUUUAGGAUAUAUGGGCUUCCUUUCCAUUGUAUCUUUCUUUGUGGCCUUUUUAGCCAAAAACUUACCUGACAGUUUUAAUGAAGCCAAGUUCAUCAUCUUUAGCAUGUUGGUCUUCUGUAGUGUCUGGCUGUCUUUUGUUCCAACCUACAUGAGUACCAAAGGAAAAUACAUGGUAAUUGUGGAGGUCUUCUCUAUCUUGACCUCUAGUACUGGCUUGCUAAGUUGUAUCUUUUUCCCCAAAUGCUAUGUGAUUUUACUGAGACCUGAUCUGAAUAUCAGGGAGCAUCUAAUAAAGAAAAGGAAAUGA